CUGUAGAUGGCGCUGUCGCUUUGCUUUGACUGCGAAUGUGUGUGGAGUUUUUUUGUCCGUACUGGCACACCGUAGUUAGGAACAUGGCGCGAUUUCUGGAGAAUAUCUGAAGUAGAUUCAGGUCGCUGUAAGAACCAUGUGCUCCCUGGCGCUCUUCCCGUCACCGCCUCUCAGUGGACAAGUGACUUUGUUCGAAGCUAAUAAUGAGCUGGUGUGUGGGAGUUCAGCGGAGUGCUCCGAGAAACAGCAAUGGACUGCUCCUAGCCUUUAUUUUUCAAGGGAAACUCUAAAACCUCACAGUCGCCCAGAGAGCAGCAGCAAAGCAGCCUUUCUGGAUCACAGGGAUACUUUGUGGAUGAGAAGCGCCGGAGCCUGGCGUGAUGCUGGUCUUGCUGGUCUAUUAGAUGAAAUCACUAACAGUUCAGAGGAAGUUCCCAAGUGGUUGACUCUGAGUUCUGGGUGUGUUCUGGCUCUUCUGCGAUGGAUGUCUUCAUUUCAUUGUUCUCUUUUUCCACAUUUGACGUUAAGUGGUGAGGAUAUGGUGGCUGAAUUUUCACAAGUAUUGAGUUGGUCUGAUAGUCCUAUCCGAAGCUUUGCAUGGCAUCCGCACACAGACAGGUUUGCAGUAGCCCUCCUGGAUGACUCCAUCAAGAUCUACAACUCUCGGAGUGCAAUAACACCGACUCUGAAGCACAGACUGCAAAGAAGUGUGAGUGCUAUGCAGUGGAAGCCUCUGUGUGCAUCUACCCUGGCUGUGGCCUGCCAUACCUGUCUACUCAUUUGGCAUGUGGACCCCAACUCUCUCUCUACACGGCCCUCUUCUGGCUGUGCUCAGGUAUUGUCUCAUCCUGGUCACUCUCCAGUUACUUCCAUUGCCUGGUCACCUUCUGGGUCUUUACUAGUUUCUGCCUCUCCUGUGGACACGGCCAUGAUGGUCUGGAACGUAGCAGCAGAAAUCUGUGUUCCUCUGCAGCGUGUAGGAGGUGGAGGAGUCACAAAUCUGUCAUGGUCGCCAGAUGGCAGCCGACUGUUGGCAGCCACUCCAUCUGCUCUAUUCAGGGUGUGGGAGACAACAAUGUGGACAUGUGAACGAUGGCCUUGUCUGAAAGGGCGCUGUCAGUCAGGGUGCUGGAGUCCUGAUGGAAGUAGACUGUUGUUCUGCGUUCAGGGAGAAACAGUGAUCUACGCACUUACUUUUUCAGACAUGAAAGGAGGACCCAAGACUGCGCUGGUGGCUGAUCUCUCAGUGACGUCCUUCACUGAGCCUGAAGGGGAAAUUAUUAUUGGAGGAGAGGUUCAAUCUCUUGCCUGGGAUCCUACCGGAGAGAGGCUGGCUGUGCUUCUGAAAGGAAAUACAGAAUCCGUCAAUCAUUCUGCCAUCAUUGCCGUGUUUAAAACACGCUCUAGCCCCAUCUUUGAGUUACUUCCAUGUGGUUUUGUGAAAGGGGAAGCCAGAGCAGAGCCAAGACUGAUGCACUUUCAGCCUCACUUUCAGCAUGGUGCAUUGCUCACUGUGUGCUGGUCAAAUGGCCGUAUCUCUCACGUGCCUUUCUACUUUGUUGCCGUGGGGAAGCCGUGUACAACUGGAAGCCCUCCACUUCCCCACUUCACCAGUAAAACAGAAGAUUACAGUACAUGCCCCCUCUACACAGAACAAAUGUCCUGAACACCGAUGUAGUUUUAGGCUGUGACCAACGCUACUUGCUUUAUAUACUUGAAUAACUCAAAAUAUAAUUCAUUUUGCCAAAAAAAAUAAACACAUUUUUUUUUACAUUCAA